GCUAUAUUGUCACCGUGAUCGCUUUUCUGCAUGCAAUUUGUCUGUUCAACGAGCUCUAUGUCGAAGCUCGGCAGUUGAGAUUUCAUCCCGCUUCACGCUCGGAGUGCUUUCGUCAAACAUGCGUCUAUGUGUUCGUCUUCAUGGCACAGGCGGCAAUGUUUCUCAUGUUGGCCGUGGAUUACCUACUUGCCGUGACGAUCCCUCUCAGCGAUGCCGCAGAACGUACAGUCGGUUAUGUACGUCAUCAUAGUGCUCGAUGUUGCCGUCCUCCUAACACUCACUACAGUAAUCGGAUUAGGGAGAUGGAGAAGGAAGAAGAGAAGAAGCCUU